GUGCAAACGCUGCCAGCUCGCGGUGCUGGCGACUAAUUCUGGGCCAGACACGUGCGCGUGGACGGUUUCUUGGCGUACAAAAGCUGGGCCCGAGCGGCAGGCCACACAACGUGCGUAAACCCUACCAUUGAGAGAGCAUCAAAAGCUCUCACUGCCAGCGCAAUCGCAUAAAUGCUCCUCGUCGCCUCAAUUCUGGUGGGCAUCGCUGCGCCUGCCGACGGCUUUCAACGACCAAACGGUUUCCAUCGACCGCCGCGACACGCGGCCGGGACGACGCGGCUGCGCGCCAAGACGCGCGCUCUUGAUCCACUGGACGAACUGGAAGAAUACUGGCAGGCGCACGGCGCCAAAUGGAAACGUACCCUAGAAAUCCUCGACGUGCGCGCCGCCUGGCAGGCCGGCGAGUGCGACGGCGUUUUACCGAGCGGCAAGCGGUCGCGCGCCGCGGCGCAGGAAAAGCUCGUCGACGUGGCGCGCGCGCUCGAAUUGUACGACGCGGACGAGCUCCAGAUCCGGCGACGCUUCCGCAACGCCACGCCGAGCGAACUUCUGCCGCGAUGGACCAAGGUUAUUGAAGAGCGCGACCGGCUCCAGGACGAGGGCGCCUGGGACGCCGCCGUCGUCCAGAGCGAGCAGCAGCGGGAAUUUCAGCAAUCCAUCGUCAAGGGCGAGGUGGAAUCCGCGGACGCCUCGCCCGCGCUGUCGCGGGCGGUCGCGACGGCGCUGUCGCCGGUCCUCAAGGCCGCCGCGAAUACGAGGAAUAAAGCGGACGGCGGCCAGCUGCUCGAGCUGAACAAGCUCCAGGAGACGGCCGGCGCGGACGCCGCGGAAAGGUGGCUCACGGCGGCGCUGCUCGCGAGCCUCGAGACCGAGGUCGCGGACAUCGAGACGCGGGCGGCCGCGCCGCAGUCGUUCCGGGAGCGCGAGGACGAGCUCGAGGCUGGAGAAGGGCUCGGUCUCUUCGGCGUCGGCGUGGGGCUCGCGCUCGUCACGAUCGUCGCCCAGAACGUCUUGUUCGGCGGGGGUGGCGAUGGCGGCGGCGGCGGAGGGGUUGUCGACGGGUUCCCGACGAUCUAGUAGCCUAACCUUUGACAUGAAAAAAA